AAGGAAACGCGUUCGUUCUCUGACGCCUUCCUAUAUAUAUAUAUAUAUAUAUCCCCAAAUCCACCCCGGCCGGUUCCGGGCUGUCACCUAAUUCCAGCUCUCCUCUUCUUCCUCUCGCAAUGGGAGACGUGGUGGAAGCUCCAGCGCCGGACAUUCUCGGCGACCUAGAUCUCGACUGCCUCCUGGGGGGGUUCUCCGAUGAUCCGGCUCUCGAUCUCUCCCCCGAGCUGUGGAACUCGGAGCCAUCGCCGGAGGAAUCCAAGUUCGAGGGUUCCAUCAACUCCGGCCCCUCCGCCGAGCCCUGGAUCCCGUAUCCACCGUCGGAGUGGUCGGAUUCGCCGAAUUCCAUGUCUUCGUUCGUGAAUGAGAUCGAGAAGUUUCUCAUGGAGGAUGCCGAGGGAGGUGAAGAUGCCAUCGACGAUGAGUUCUUGGCGGGGUUCUUUUGUGAUGUAUCGGCGGACUCCGGGAGGAGCGAGGUUGCCAGCCCCGAGGCGGAGCCUGUGCGUGCUGUGGUGGAAAGCGAGGCGACGGAGAAAAGUGAGGCUUCGGCAGGGGUUGAUGUGGAAGACGACGAUCCGAUCAGCAAGAAACGGAGAAGGCAGAUAAGAAAUAGGGAUUCUGCCAUGAAAUCAAGGGAGAGGAAAAAGACGUACGUAAAGGAGCUGGAGAUGAAGAACAAGUACAUGGAAGCGGAGUGCCGGCGUCUCAAUUACGCCCUCCAGUGCUGUGCGGCGGAGAAUCUGGCACUCCACCAGCGCUUGCAGGCACGGACUCUCGGUGUUCCCGUGGCCAAACAGGAGUCUGCCGUACUCUUCGUGGAAUCCCUGCUGCUGGGUUCCCUGUUUUGGCUCGUGAGCAUCAUGUUCCUGUUCCUUGUGCCCGGCCUGGCCCAGCCAAGAAAGGUUGCAAGCAGACUGGGAAGAGGUCACGCUCAUCAGGAAAUGGUGGUGGCCCGAAGGGGAGCAAAUGAGAGAGUAGUAGAGACAUAUUUGGGAUGGGAUUUGUUUAUUAUGAGAAGGCGAUGCAGGGGUAGUAGGCGUAGGAUGAAAUUCUGUUUCUCCCUUUUGCGUGCUGUUUCUGCCUAGUAGGUCUUGGUACUAUUGCAUUAGACUCCUGUUUAGUUAAUAUAUUAAUAUCUAUGGUGUCUUACUUAUUUCUGAAUGGAACUAUGUACUUAUAUUUGGGCCCUA